UCCUGAUUCCCGCUUCCUGCUUCCCAGAGAUCGGGAUUCCAAGCUGCCGGAGGCCACCGCCGCAGCCCCUGGCACCCCCGACAUGUCCUUCCGAAAAGUAGUGCGGCAGAGCAAAUUCCGUCAUGUGUUUGGGCAGCCAGUCAAGAAUGACCAGUGCUAUGAGGACAUUCGAGUGUCCCGUGUUACCUGGGACAGCACCUUCUGCGCAGUGAACCCCAGAUUCCUGGCUGUGAUUGUAGAGGCCAGCGGUGGGGGUGCCUUCCUGGUGCUCCCUCUAAACAAGACAGGCCGCAUUGACAAGGCCUAUCCUACAGUGUGUGGGCACACAGGACCUGUCCUAGACAUUGACUGGUGUCCCCACAAUGAUGAAGUCAUUGCCAGCGGCUCAGAAGACUGCACAGUCAUGGUGUGGCAGAUCCCAGAGAAUGGUCUGGUUUCCCCACUGACAGAGCCAGUGGUGGUGCUGGAGGGGCACACCAAGCGCGUGGGUAUCAUCACCUGGCACCCCACCGCCCGAAACGUGCUGCUCAGUGCAGGCUGUGACAAUGUGGUGCUUAUCUGGAAUGUGGGCACUGCAGAGGAGCUGUACCGCCUCGAUACCCAGCACCCCGACCUCAUCUACAAUGUCAGCUGGAACCGCAAUGGGAGCCUCUUCUGCACAGCAUGCAAGGACAAGCGCAUGCGCAUCAUCGACCCCCGCCGAGGCACCCUGGUGGCAGAGCGGGAGAAAGCCCAUGAGGGUGCUCGGCCCAUGCGGGCCAUUUUCUUGGCGGACGGCAAGGUGUUCACCACAGGCUUCAGCCGCAUGAGCGAGCGACAGCUGGCACUGUGGGACCCAUUCCUGAACACAUUCACCAGCAAGGAGCCCCAGAGGGGCAUGGGCAGCAUGCCUAAGCGGGGCUUGGAGGUCAGCAAGUGUGAGAUUGCCCGGUUCUACAAACUGCAUGAGCGAAAGUGUGAACCCAUUGUCAUGACUGUGCCAAGAAAGUCCGACCUCUUCCAGGAUGAUCUGUAUCCUGACACAGCUGGGCCUGAAGCGGCCCUGGAGGCUGAGGAGUGGGUGAGUGGGCAGGAUGCCGACCCCAUCCUCAUCUCACUGCGAGAGGCCUAUGUGCCCAGCAAACAGCGAGACCUGAAAGUCAGCCGGCGCAAUGUGCUGUCCGACAGCCGGCCAGCCGGCUCCAGCUGGCCAGGAGCCUCCACCUCUGCUGCCACCACCGCUGAUUCCACCCCCAGCGGCAGCCUUACAGGGGCUGAGGAGGCUGGGAAGCUGGAAGAAAUCCUGCAGAAGCUUCGGGCAUUGCAGGCACUGAUCAAGGAACAGGGAGACCGCAUCAGCCGCCUGGAGGAGCAGCUUGGUCGCAUGGAGAAUGGGGAUGCAUAGGACCACAGCCCCUGGGUCCACCCCCUCGCUGCGUUCCCUCCUUUACCCCCAUCUCACUCGCCUUCUGCUGGCAGGUCGCACUGGCUGCCGACUUAACAAGUGCCUCUGGCAGGUCAGGGACCAGUUCAUACCUGAUCAGGCCUGGGGUCCAGGUUGGAGCCACCACCUAGCUCUGGUCAUUGUUACUGUGGAGGAUUUUUAUACUAAGGCAAGCUUGCUUGUACUCUGAGGGACCACCCUUCUCGCCCCCAUUCCCCCAGAGGAAGUGGCAGGGAUGAGCUCUAUAUUUUCAUUCCAAAUAAAAUUUUCUUUCUAAAA